UGUGCGCUUACCAACACUGCCCGGCGAAGGGGCCGCAGUAUAGCGUUUAUUAAUUUUUUUUGGAAAUUAGUUUAGUUAAACCAAAUCGCCCGCCCUGGACCACCAUAUCCUCAAGUGAGUGAGUGCCUACGGAGGCCACGUAACUGCAGAACUGAUUCAAAAAGUCGCCCGGCACCGUCAGAACAUAGAGAACGCUGAUGUAACACGAAGUCGGCGUUGGCAAUCGGAUGAUUGAGGGACCAUAAUGUGUGUCAGGAGUAAUUGACUCCGGAAAAGUGACAGCCAUUACUCACGGAUUGUAGAGAUCUUCGCUUAGUUUGCCUACAGCUCAAAAAAAUAAUAGUUUUCAGUCACGGCAUCUGUUUUUCCCUGUUUCAUAACCUUCCCCCCUAAAACUGUGCUUAUCGCCCGGCUUGCUCCCCGAUACACGUGUGCUCUUUUCUUUUUUUUUGAAGGGGGGCCCAGGCCCAACCUUUGACCCCCCCUCCCGAUGCCCAUCAUCCUCCUGCACAAUUCAGACGUACAGUCUGCUUCCCCGAAAACGAAAAUGAGUCAAGAGCAGCGAGCUAACAAUUAGCUAAGUGCGCAACAGUUCCAGUUUUGUUUACACAAAAUUUCCCAAUUUGAAAGCGCUAAAAAUAAGCCAACAAAACCACAACAUUUGCCUGGUGUUAACCUUCUCUUCCUGCUCCUGCUCCCACUUUUGUUUCUUCCACUCGCAUAAGCAGUGCAUCCAUUUCCAUACCUUAACCCCCAGUACAAGGGGGUGAGCUUAGCUUCUACUUCCACUGAGAACUAUUUUUGGGUUUCUUUUAAAGCCUAAUUUAUGUACUACUUGUAAGCAAAUAAGUGGAAUAAUAAUUACUCUUGAUUAUAAUAUCUUUUGUAUUUAAAAUUGUAAUAUCCUAUUUCUCACUGUGUACUUUCUUUAGAGCGGGAUUCGAUCAUAUCUAUUAUUCGGGAACAAAUUGGAGGAAGCCGCUCAUUGGCUUAUCAGCUUUCUGGAAGCCUUUGAUCGGACGACCGCCGCAUCGCAACCCAGCUAUCUGAACCUUCGUGCUUGAUGGCCGUAUCUGAGCGAUAAAUAUUUCCCGUAAUUAUGCACGAUCGCUGUUUGUUCGUCGGCCAAAGCGCUUUCAACAAUUGGCAUUGACUUACAGAAACCUACAGCGCCUAUUCUCGCUACUGUUUGCUUCUCCACUCUUGAGUCCAAUUUCCAUUUCCAUUCCGCCGUCAUGGUCAUAUUCAUAUGCCAGUGCAGCGCCUUUUUGGCCGUCAGUUCGCGGAGAGAUCCGAUCGAGUGAGCUUCGCGCUUGGCAUUACCCGAAACCUGAAAUCCAAAACCCCCAAUACCCGCACCACCACCACCACUAUCAUCAUUUUAGCCAAAAAGUGAAAACCAAAAGCCAAUAGGCCGUCGCAGGUGCUAACAGUAACGAGCUCAGGAUUAAAUAGAUAAUCACAAAAAACAAUCAUGGCAUCCCUUUGGCCCCAAAAUGUCGGAAUACGCGCUAUCGAAGUGAUCUUCCCAUCGCAGUACGUGGACCAGACCGAGCUGGAGGCCUUCGAUGGCGCCUCCACUGGCAAGUACACAAUCGGUCUGGGCCAGGCCAAGAUGGGCUUCUGCUCGGACCGGGAGGACGUCAACUCGCUGUGCCUGACGGUGGUCAGUCGCCUGCUGGAACGUCAUCACGUCAAGCACUCGGAGAUCGGCCGUCUGGAGGUCGGCACCGAGACCAUCGUGGACAAGUCCAAGUCGGUGAAGUCCGUGCUGAUGCAGCUCUUCGCCGAGAGCGGGAACACCGACAUCGAAGGAAUCGACACCACAAACGCGUGCUAUGGUGGUACGGCGGCACUCUUCAAUGCUGUGAAUUGGGUGGAGUCCUCCAGCUGGGACGGCCGUUUGGCCCUCGCCGUGUGUGCUGACAUCGCGGUGUAUGCCAAAGGUGCAGCGCGUCCAACUGGCGGCGCUGGGGCAGUGGCUAUGCUGGUGGGUCCAGAUGCGCCGCUGGUCUUCGAUCGCGGCCUGAGGGCUACGCAUAUGGAGCACGCCUACGACUUCUACAAGCCGGACCUCAGCUCCGAGUACCCCACUGUGGAUGGCAAGCUUUCGAUCCAGUGCUACCUCUCGGCUUUGGAUACAUGUUACAGGUUGUACCGCAAGAAGUUCGAGGCGCAGAAGAAGGACAGCGCGAAGUCGGGUCUGGACACCUUCGAUGCGAUUCUGUUCCACACACCCUUCUGCAAGCUGGUGCAGAAAUCCGUCGGACGCCUGAGCUUCAACGACUUCCUGCUGAGCAGCGAGGCGGAGCGGGCGAAGCUGUUCCCCGGCCUGGAGAAGUUCAACGAAGCCACGCUGGAGAGCACCUACUUCGAUCGCGAUGUGGAGAAGGCCUUCCUCACGCAGUCGGCGGAUAUCUUCGCCAGCAAGACCAAGAAGUCGUUGCUGCUGGCCAACCAAGUGGGAAACAUGUACACGCCAUCGGUGUACUCCGGUCUGGUCUCCCUGCUGAUCGGAGAGCCAGCCCAGGAGCUGGUGGGCAAGCGCAUCGGCGUGUUCUCCUACGGCUCCGGACUGGCGGCUUCAAUGUAUUCAAUAAGUGUGACUCAGGAUGCGGCGGCCUUCGAGAAGUUUGUGUCGAAGCUGGACUACGUCCUACCGCUGCUUAACUCCCGGGAAAAGGUGGCUCCCGAGCAGUUCUCGUCGCUGAUGGAGGUGCGCGAGAAGAACAACCAUGCGGCGCCGUACACGCCCACGGGCAGCAUCUCGGCCCUAUUCCCCGGAACAUACUACCUGAAGGAUGUUGAUGCGCUCCAUAGGCGCACCUAUGAACGCACACCGACCAUCAGCAACGGGGUGCACUAACCCUGGGUUAUGGGUUCGGUUUUGGUUCCGGUUUCGCCAACAACUUGACAAUAACUCACUCGACGACCAAACCCAUUUAAGAUGUAGCUGUAGACGGUAAACUAUUUAUAAAUGGUACGAGUAUGAUCCAUGGGGAUCGCUUUCCUUUCUUUCUCUUCUUAUUCGGGUCCUAAUCGCAUAUAUAGUGCUACACAUACAUAUAUUAUUUAUACAAUCCAAGCUUGCGAACUAAUAAUUUCAUCAAGUCAGUCGUUAUUUAUACCAUAAAGCCAGUCUUAACUAGUGUCGGUACUGCAAUCUACGCCUAUAAUUGUACAAUACUUAUAUAUCUGUGUGUUUGAGGCACACAACCAAUUGUUUUACGAACAAUAAAAAUCACCAAUGUGAAAAGAA